CACCAGGACUAACACAGGCCACCUAGCUUCCUGUCCCUUCUAAAAUGAAACUGAUUGUUGUAAGUUGCUAAAAAUUCCCAAUAAGCUAAAAAUUCGGCAAGUCACAAUCAUGAAUUCCCGUAUAAAGUGGGGUAAAUGAGGCUGUACUGCUAUACUAUAGCGAAAUAAAGCAUAUAGCAGAAAAUAUUAAAUUGUACAAUAGUUGAGUUAGUUAUUUAACACCUCCGCCACACGUCUUUCUUCUGUGUUGGUAGGUGUACAUUUUCCAACGUACAGAAGACAAUGCAGUCGAUAAAAAGAAGUACUCUAUUAACCGGAUUGCCAGUUUCAAAAAAUCCUCAUAUUAUUCUAACAUCACUUUACAAGCGUAUAAUCAAAGUGCUUGCUCUGAUGCCUGAAGAAUCCAGUUAUCGUAGGCACACAAACGAAAUAGUACAGUCCAGACUGAACGCUGUACAAAAAAUUUCGGAUAUUCCCACUCUUGAAUCUACCAUUGAUUGUGGUCAAAUUGAAGAAGUUAUCGUACAGGCCCAAAGAGAAUACGAUUUAGCUCGUAAUAUGCUCAAAUGGAAGCCUUGGGAACCGCUCAUUGAAGAGGCUCCUCGCGAUCAGUGGAAAUGGCCACUUUAAAUAACCUUAUUUAAUAUUUUAGUAUACAAAGUACAAUGUAUUGUAGAUAUACAUUUUAUUGUACUACA